UUGGAACAAAUUCAUUGCUUGGUUGUACAAAAUUUUUAUUAUGCUUGAAUUAUUUGCUUACCUUUGACAGGUUGAACAUGCCCAAGGCAGAAUAUGACAAGUUUUGGUUGAAUGUUCAAUGUACUGUUGAUAAAGAUGUUGUCAGGACAGACAGGUCUCAUCCUUAUUUUGCGGGCAAUGAUAAUCCAAAUGUUGAGAUCAUGAGGUAAUUACUCUUGCCGUUCCCUUUAUGUUAAUUUCUCAAGAAAACACCAACCACAGUUUUGUCUUGAUACAACUGUAUAUUUAUUGUAUUGAUAUCACAGUUAUAAAUGGCCAUAUAUUUUACGUCAACUUCAACACCGAACUGUUCUUUAAUUAUCUCAUUAUAUCUUCUUGCAUAUGAUAUACUCCAUAAGACUCCAUGACACUUCUUCCAUACCUUGACAGACAAAUUCUGCUGAAUUACGCCUACUACCAGCCAGAGAUGGGCUACAGUCAAGGCAUGUCGGACCUCCUUGCCUCCAUAUUGUCCACAGUACAAGAUGAAGUCGAUGCAUUUUGGUGUUUUGUUGGGCUGAUGGAGAGAAGUCUGUUUGUCACUUCACCAAAGGAUGAUUCUAUGGAUUGCCAACUGGUAGGAACUAAAACUUAUCGACUUGUGCAUGAAAAGUCACCACAAUAAUUUACAUUGAUUAACCUUGUUAUUGAAGUGCUGCACUCACUCCUUGAUGAGUAAAAUCAUCUGGCAUUAGACAGAAUAUUAAGUAAUCUGGUGUUAGACAGAGCAAAAUAACCAAAUAACAACAAAACAGGGCACAUUAAGGCACAAUGCAACUUAAUGUAUUGACCAAAUGAGUAGUACUUAAUGUGCCCAAAUGCAUGUGACUUUAUAGUCUUUUAGACUGUGUAAUGCCAGAAAAUUUUACUUGUUCCACAGGCUGUAAAUGAUUAUCUAAUGUUCUAGGGCAGAGUAUGCCCGUUUGCAGGUUGGGUGAGCUCCCUAUCCUAAUUCUUAACUUCCUAAUUCUUAACUUCCAAUCUGUUCUCUUUAAUUAAGCUUUACUUGAAAGAACUCCUACGUAUGAUGGCAGCAAAGUUCUACGCUCAUCUGUUACUCGAAGAUGAAGGCAUGGACUUAUUAUUCUGUCACCGCUGGUUGCUGCUUGGUUUCAAGCGAGAGUUUCAUGACCUGCACGUGUUGCGCAUGUGGGAGGCAUGCUGGUCGCACUACCAAACAGAAUUCUUUCACAUCUUCAUAUCUGUUGCCAUUGUGUUGGAAUAUGGUGACCUUGUGUGGCAGAAAUCCAUGAGAGUCGAUGAAAUGUUGAACUAUUUUAACAACCUGGCUCUGGAAAUGGACGGUGAUAGAGUGUUAAAACAAGCCAGAAGCUUGCUGUACCAGUUCAGGAGGCUAGCCGGAAUACCCUGUACCCUUCGUGGGUUGUUAUCGGGCCCCGGUGCAUGGGAUAGCGCAACCUUACCGGAGAUAGAGUGCACUUGUCAUGAGACAAGCACAUGCAAGUAUUCGAACCCGCCUAGACAAGGGAAACGUUUUAGCCAAGAAAGCACAGGUGUGUCAGAAAAGCAAGAUAGCGAUGAAAGAGUUUUAGUGAACACGAACGGCCACGGGACUGACAAUAAACCUUCCAGUGAUGGAAUUGAUUCUAACGAGUUGAACUUCAAAGAACACCAAGAGAAUGGAAGUUCAAAUCUUAAAGAUGAAAUUCCAAACGAAGAACAAAAACUAGACAGUUCUGACUCGAAAGAAGAACACGAGAACGGCGUUGAGAGUAACGAAUUUGACUGCGAAGAACACCAAGAGAAUGGAACUACAAGUUUACAAGAUGAAACGUCAAAAGAAAAACAAAAAGUAGACUCGUCUGAGUUGAAUGGACAAAAUUGCGAUGAUUUAAGCCCCGAAAUGAAUGAAAACACAAACUUGAAAGAUGAAAAUGAACAUGAAGAACAAACAAUAGACACUUCUGAACAAAAGAACGAUGGUUUGAGCCCCAGAAAGCAACAAAAUCUGAAUGAGAGUGCAGAUUUGAAAGUUGAAAUUCAAACUGAAGAACCAAAAGUAGACAAUUGUGACUUGACUGAAUACAAUCAGGCUGUUGAUUUGAGCCCCGAGGAACAGCAAGCAAACGAUAAAAUGUGUAGUUCUGUCGACACUAUAUCCGAACAGGUAGACAAUAGGGUAGGUACUACUGACACGUGAGAUUUAGUCGUAGAGCAACGAAUGGACUUUCUAAAAUAGCACAUAAGACAGUUAAUAUGGAUUUUAGUAUUAAAACGGCUUUCGAACGUUCAUAUUAUAUAAAGUGCACUGCACAUGAAAAAUAAAAUAUAUUAAUUUCAUGCACAAACCACAAUGAAUCACCAUGCAGCAAAAUUUUUGUACCACCUCUAUACGUAAUUACAUUAUGAUGUUUUAACACUUGUUAAAUAAAUGCAUGCACUUUUGUCAACACAGGUGUGCACAACAAAAGUUAUAGUUUUAUAUAACUUUAGAGUAUUGUAGUUUAAACGAAACAAAACGAGUAAAUAAAUUUCAAGUAGAAAAAAAUAUGUACAAAAUUUGUAUUGUUUGUGACUUUCAGAUCUUCAUAUCUGUUACUAUUGUGUUGGAAUAUGGUGACCCUGUAUGGCAGAAGUCGAUGAGAUGUUGAUUUAUUUUAACAACCUGGCUCUAAUUAGAUUAACCAAUUAGAUCGAUUGUUCCAAUUUAAUUAGAUUUGCUGUUCUAAUUCCAUUCUAAAUAGACCAACUAUUCCAAUUGCUGGAUUCUAAUUGGAUGCAUUGUUCUAAUUUCAUUCUAAUUAGAUCAGCAGUUCUAAUUGGUUCAUUUCUACUUUCUCAUCGUUCUAAUUAGAUAAACUGUUCUAACAGACCUUACCGAUUAUUCUCUUUUACCCAAUGGCCUCGUUUCCAAGUUAACUUAUUUUAGCAUGUCAGGGGCAGAUAAAGAUUCUAUUCCCAUGUUUUCCUGGACGAAUUUGAUCUUGCUGUUCUUAGGCUCAAUAACAAAGUAAUUUUCAACCCUACUGAGUGCAAAACAUGAGUAAGUAUUUGACACAAAAACGAGGCCAUUGGGUAAAAGAGAAUAAUCGGUAAGGUCUAUUGCACUAUUUCUUGCGUGGACGACUUUUUUGUUACUUUAGUCUUUGGUCAGCACUAUUUUGGUGUAAACGCCAGAUGAGAUAUUUAACAAAUGCUAAUCUCAUACCCAAGGCUCCCAACCAUGGUAAGUUCUCCCUAAAAGAUUCGGGUCAGUAGCCUGAUCAAUCAGGCAUGCAACUUGAUUUUCAACAGUACCGUCAUAAGGUUUUGCACGUUGAUUGCACUGUUCGUCUCCCAGUAGAACUGAUAACAUCGCUUUAUAAUGCUCGGCUUUCUCGUGUCCUAAUGUUAGAUCAAGC